AACGACGCUGGGUGCUUGCUUGGUACUCCCAGUAUUUUAUGUGUAUGAUCUGAAAGUAUUACACCACUCCGUGUCGGCAAACUAAAUCUUUGGUGAGGUCCUAAUCAUGGAGUCGAUCUCACCCGUAUUCUCGUCGGGCACGGAGCAGCGGUACUCUCCACCAUGGGAGGAUUUGAGUAUCAUCGGUAUCGCUGGUAGCUCAGGUUCCGGCAAGACUUCUGUGGCAAUGGAGAUUGUGAAGUCACUCAACCUGCCGUGGGUUGUGAUUCUCGUAAUGGAUUCAUUCUACAAGAGCUUGACGCCGGAGCAACAUGCCAAGGCGCAUAAUAAUGAGUUCGACUUCGACUGCCCAGAUGCCUACGAUUUCGAUGCCCUUGUGCAGACCUUGAAGGAUCUAAAGCAAGGAAAGAAGGCAGAUAUCCCCGUUUACUCAUUUGCCGACCAUCAGCGUCAACUGCAAACAACUACGCUUUACUCCCCACAUGUGAUCAUUUUGGAGGGUAUCCUUGCUUUACAUGACCCGAGGGUGCUGGAACUUUUGGAUGUCAAGAUAUUUGUUGAGGCGGAUAUGGAUAUCUGCUUGGGCCGCAGAAUCAUGCGAGACGUUAAAGAGCGAGGAAGAGAUAUCGAAGGCAUCAUCAAGCAGUGGUUUACUUUCGUUAAGCCGUCGUAUACGAAAUUUGUUGAACCACAACGGUCUAUAUCGGACCUUAUAAUUCCCCGUGGCAUUCAGAACAUCACCGCCAUAGACAUGGUUGUGAAACACAUCCAGCGAAAACUCGAUGAGAAGUCUGAGAAGCACAGAGCGGAGCUAGAUCAACUGCGCAAAAUUGCAUCGGAAUUGCAGCUUUCGCCUAACGUCAUGGUAAUGCCAUCGACAUCACAGUUUGUUGGCAUGAACACAAUUCUUCAAGACCCAAAAACGGAGCAAGUCGACUUCGUCUUUUACUUUGAUCGACUCGCUUCCUUGCUCAUAGAGAAGGCCUUGGACUGUACCUCGUAUGUUCCAGCUGGGGUAGAAACACCACAGAAGACUACCUAUCAGGGAUUGAACCCGGAAGGUAUAAUAUCUGCUGUUGCAAUUCUGCGAGGAGGCUCUUGCCUUGAGACCGCGCUGAAGCGCACUAUUCCUGACUGCAUUACUGGUCGCGUGCUCAUUCAGACCAACGUGCAGAAUGAAGUACCGGAGUUGCACUAUCUGAAAUUGCCUGAAAAUAUCCAGGAGCAUACUACAGUUAUGCUACUUGACCCCCAGAUGUCUACCGGAGGAGCUGCUUUAAUGGCUGUUCGAGUGUUGGUUGACCACGGCGUGGAGGAGCACAAGAUUGUCUUUGUGACAUGUGCCGCAGGGAAGAUCGGGUUAAAGCGUCUCUCGACAGUAUACCCGAAGGUUAGAGUCAUCGUAGGACGGAUUGAAGAGGAGCAAGAGCCUAGAUGGAUGGAGAGGAGAUACUUUGGCUGCUGAAAUGAUUUGAAUGUUGUAGAUAAGGUUGAGCAGCACAUGUUUGGCCGUGCCUAUAAUCGAAUCGUGCGAGCUGGGAAGCAUCCCUCUAGAGAAUCAUGACACACACACAAUAUAUAUAUAUAACCUCAAAUGAAAGAAUAUCACUAUA